GAUCGCGGGGGUCUUGGAGGGGUCGGUGCGGGGCACUCCGGUACCGCCCCGCUGAGUCACCGCCUCCGGGGGUACGGGACGGGGCGGGGCGCUGCUCCCGGGGCACCGCGCUGAGCGAGCCGGGCUGCGAGGUGUGGAGUGGUGCUGAGCCGAACCGUGCCGAGCCGUGCCAGCCCAGCCGAGCCGUCCCGUGCGGAGCCGGGCGGUGCCGGGCGGUGCCGGGCCGUGCCGAGCCCGCCCCGGGUCCAGGCUCUGCUGUCUCCUCGAAGGCCAAGCCAAAGUAGAGAGCUGCCCAGGAUGAAGGUUCUCUUCCUGCUCCUUCUCUCCCCUCUCCAAGGGGUGGGAGCCAAUGGCCACAGGGAAGAGGAUUUCCGCUUCUGCGGUGACCGAAACCAGACCCAGGAGAGCUCUGUCAUCUACGAGCACGACCGUGACUCCAUCAUCAUCAAGAACACGGCCCAGGCACUGAUAAUAAAAGCGCCCUUUUCGCCAAACAGGAGAAAAUCUUCCUACAAGUACAGCCUGCCCCCCCCCUUGGGCAGGUACCGCUUCUGCAUCUACUGGUUCGAGUCCAACAGGACCCUGUGGCUGGCAUAUGGGAAGCAAAGCAUCCUCCUGGGUGGGGACCCAUCCAGCAGCAUCCCCGGGGGACAGGAGAGUCAGAAGACUGAAAGAACCAGCGCGUACAUCUUCAAUGUGUCCUACAUCGAAAAGGGUGGGAAGAACACCUCCAUGGAUGCUAAAGUUGAAUACACCUUCCUUGCCUUUUCAGAGAGCAUGCCUGUCUGGGAGCAGGAUGUGGAGGAGCAGCUCACCUCCUUCAACAGCCUCCUUGCCCAGCCCCCAGCACCAGCCAUGGGAGCCACGGAGCAGCAGAGGCUCCGGCGCAAACUUGGGAAGCUGGAGAAGAUGCUGGCCAAGGUGGAGCUCGAAGGGCAGAAUCAGACCUUUGGGAACGCCACUGUGCACGCAACUGUCCUGAGGGUCCAGCCCAGUCGGGCUCCUCAGCACCUGACCUUUGCUUCCCAGAGAGAGGAGGGUGGAGAAGUCCAGGGAUUCACAGUGGACCUGCCAAGCAGCCUGUUCAUGAUGGUGAAGGAGAGGGAGGAGGUGGUGGAGCACAGAGUGCUCCUCAUGGACAUUAACAGGCAGACCAUGUUCCAGGAUGAAAACAGCAGCCAUGUCCUGGGUAACAAGGUAGUCAGCAUCUCCCUGGUGGACACAGUUGUGGCCAACCUCUCUGACCCGGUGGUCCUCACUUUCUUCCAUGACGAGCUGCCGACGAACGUCAUCCCACUGUGCGUCUUCUGGCAGGAGGACGCCUCUGCCAGUUCUGGGAGCUGGGACAGCUAUGGGUGUACAACAGUGGCAGGGAGCAGCCAGACAGAGUGCAAGUGCAACCACCUCACCUACUUUGCUGUGCUCUUGGUAUCCUCUCCAGACAUCACCCCCCUGCACAGGAAUUACCUGAGUAUCAUAACCUACGUUGGCUGCCUGAUCUCGGCUUUGGCAUCCAUUUGCACCAUUUUCUUCCUCUACUUCAGAAGCAAGCAACGAGACCAGAUCACGAGCAUGUACAUCCACAUGAACCUGCUGGUCGCAAUCUUCGUCCUGGACGUCACCUUCCUCAUCUCUGAGCACUUGGCUGGCAGCGGCAGCGAGGCCGUCUGCAGAGUCGGGGGGCUGCUUCUGCACUUCGCACUCCUGAGCUGCCUCACCUGGAUGGGCAUUGAGGGCUACAACCUCUACCGGCUUGUGAUUGAAGUCUUCAACGCCUACCAUGACCACUUCCUCCGCAAGCUCUGCCUGGUGGGCUGGGGAUUCCCCAUCUGCUGUGUGAUGUUGAUCUUCCUGGCUAGCUGGACGAACUACGGCUCCUUCUCCAUUCCCAUCUAUGAAUCCAUUGAUGGCAGAUCCAUCAACGCAACCAUAUGCUGGAUCACGAGCCCCCUGAUCCAUAACAUCGUGAACCUGGGUUUCUUCAGCCUGGUGUUCCUCUUUAACUUGGUCAUGCUGGGGGCCAUGGUCCGGGAGAUCCUCCGGCAAAACAAAAAAGGUCACAAGCUCAAGCACGUCCUGGCCCUCUUUGGGCUGAGCAUCCUGCUGGGCAUCCCCUGGGCACUGAUCUUCUUCUCCUUCACCUCUGGUGUGUUCUGCCUUGUCUCCCUCUAUAUCUUCACCAUCAUCAACUCCCUCCAAGGUUUCCUCAUCUUCCUCUGGUACUGGACCAUGGUGCUGCAGGCGAGGAAGUCUACAGAGCAGAGCAGCUCUGACAGUGCCAAGCUGCAGCCCAGCAGCAGCUGAGCCCCAUGGUGGCUGUGCCGUGCCAGAGCUCCCCACGCCAAGGACGGCCACAAGAAGGACCACACCAUCUGCUUUGCUACUGCUCUUGCCCCGUAGGGCUGCAAGGAGCCCAGGGACCCACAGUGGGGCUGGCCACCCCUCACCGCUGCUGGCCCUCUCCCCAAUUUCCCCACCCACUCCAUUCUGACAGGCUUGGCAUCCUUGGGGCAGGAGGGAGGGAGGGAGGGAGGGAUGCUUACCCAGGCAGUGGGGGCUGUAAAAAGUGGAAGGGAGAGGGUCCCCAGUGCCUUUGGAUGUCCCCUCCCAUGUCCUGAGGCCAGGGAUGAUGAGUGGGAAAGGCCCAGUUUUCAGCCCCUGCUGGUGGUCACCAUGAGGGUUCUUGCCCAGGGAAGAUAGAAGGACUCUGCCCCCACUACACCCUCAGGCAGCUGGAAUAAUCUAUUUUUGUUAUUUUGUUGAAUGUCUAUUUUUGGGUGAUGUAGGAGUUCAGUGAGCGUGCCUGCACACCAGAGUUGUGCCCAUUAAAGUUGUUCCUCUUGGAA